UUCAACCUAACCUAUUAAAAAAAAAUAACAACAAACGAAAUACAUGUGGUUGAAUAUAUUUGUCGACAUAAUAAAUAUUUAAAAACAUUAAUAAUAUAAAAUUUUAAAUUAAUUAUUGAAAAAUCUAAAAAUGGCAAAUGCCAAAGAAGUUAUUGUAACAAGUGACAGUAGAGCAGAAACAUGGAGUUCAGCAGUAUGGGAUCCACAAACUGGUUCUUGUUUAAUGGUAUAUAAAAAUGCUGCUGCAAUUGGUGAUAAUUGUUUACAAAUAAUAAAUAAUAGUUAUCUUAUUGGUGCUGAUAUAACAAAAUCACGUUUACAUAUAUGGCCAUUAAAUAGUCAAUCACCAGUUGCAAAUUUACGUUUAACAACACCUGGUAAAAUAUCAGCAUUAUCAUGUACAUCAAAUGGUGCUUAUAUUGCAGCAUCAGUUGCUGAAAAAAUAUUUAUUUGGCAAACAUCAACUGGUAAAUUAUUAAGAACACUUGGACGUCAUUAUCAAACAGUAACAUGUUUAAAAUUUAGUGAUGAUAAAUCAACACUUGUUAGUGGUGGUGAUGAUGGUCUUGUUUAUGUAUGGUCACUUAUGAAAAUAAUUAAUAAUCAUGAUCAAUCAUCACCUGUAUUUAGUCAUUCACAUCAUACAUUACCAGUUAAAGAUAUUUAUGUUGGUAAUUUUGGUGCUAAAUCAAGACUAGUAACUGUAUCACUUGAUCGUACAGCAAGAAUUUAUGAAACACAUACUGGUAGACAAUUACUUGUGUUGGUAUUUGAUGUACCAUUAACAUCAGUUGCAUUAGAUUUAACUGAAACAAAUUUAUUUGUUGGUUGUGUUGAUGGUGUUAUACGACAAAUUAAUCUUUCUUCACCACCAAGAGGCAUUGAGCAUCAUGUACCAAAUGAAAAAAAUGGUGGUGUUUAUUUUAAAAGUCACACAAAUCAAGUUACAAAUCUUUCUGUAUCUGUUAACAAUCAAACAUUAUUAUCAGGAUCACAAGAUGGUACUGUUAAUAUUUGGGAUAUUCCAAGUCGUCAAUCAAUCAGAACAAUAACACACAAAGGUCCAAUAACAUCAGCAUUUUUUGCUCCAGCUUAUGAUAAUUUUCGUGCAACAAAUUUACAACCAAAUAUUGUCAUACGACCAUUACACAGAAUUGUCAAUGAAGAUGAUAAUGAUGACAUCAUUGAAAUUAUAUCACAAAAAAAUGAUAAUGAUCUUUUAAAUAUUGAUGAUUAUCUUGAGGACAAUGCUGGAUAUGGAGGCAAUGAAGACAGUGCCAAUAGACUUGCUGAAGCUAAUGCUGAAAUUGAAAAACUUAAAAAAAUUAAUAAUGAAUUGUUUAAAUUUAGUGUUAAACAUCUCAUGGCUGAUAAAUAAAUAA